CUGGCUGGGCCUUAUCACCCGGCAGACACUCCUGUGGCUGCAGUGAGGCUGACCAUGUCCGCACGGGUGGCCCUCCUGCUGCUCUGGGGUGAGGCGUCCUGCCUGGGGUCCCCGGAGCCAGAUAAGGGGCGGGAAUGAACAGCCAUGGGGCCUCACAGGUGGUGCGUCUCCGCAGGUCUCGCCCUGAACCCAGUGACCGAGGAGGUCCAAUACAUCGACACAAGGCCAACCCUGUGGGCAGAGGCCGAAUCGCUGCUGGAACCCUGGGCCAACGUGACGCUGACAUGCCAGAGCCCCUUGUGGACCCUGGAGUUCCAGCUCUUCAAGGAUGGAGUGGCCCAGGGACUGGUGCACCUGGAUUCACCUGCCACCGAGUACAGAUUCCCGCUGGGAGCAGUGACCGGUGACACCCGGGGCCUCUACCGCUGCCACUACAGCAUGGACAGUGGGAGGAGCAGCCUGAGCAACCUCGUGGAGGUGACUGGAGCAGAGCCCCUGCCCCCACCCUUGCUCUCAACCAAACCCGUGCCCUGGAUCACACCGGGCCUGAACACGAGACUGCUGUGCCUCGGGGGACUUCGCGGUGUGACCUUCCUGCUGAGGCGGGAAGGUGAUGACAAGUUUCUGGAGGUGGCUGAGGCCCCAAAGGACAGGCAGGCCACCUUCCCAGUCCACCGGGCUGGCAUCUACAGCUGCAGCUACCGGACCCACGCAUCAGGCGCCCCCUCGGAGCCCAGUGCCACUGUGACCAUAGAGGAGCUGGCCACGCCGCCACCACCCACGCUGACUCUGAAUGGCGGGUUUGCCGGGCUCCUACGCCCCGGCUCGAGCGCGACUCUCACCUGCGUGGCGCCCCUGAGCGGGGUGCACUUCCAGCUGCGGCGGGGCGAGGACGUGCUGCAGGUACCCAUGGGCAGUACCAGCCCAGACCGCAUCUUCUUCCAGCUGAACACGCUGGCCCCAGGAGACGGCGGUGUCUACACGUGCCGCUACCGGCUGCCAGAGGAGCUAGCGCUCUGGUCCUUGGACAGCGCGCCCGCCGAGCUGGUGCUGAGCGAUGGGACGCUCCCGGCGCCGGAGCUGUCGGCCGAGCCCGCGACUCUGAGUCCCGAGCCGGGGACGCUGGUGCAGCUGCGGUGCCGGGCCCCCCGCGCCGGCGUGCGCUUCUUCCUGGUGCGCGAGGGCGCGGGCCAGCGCCGGGUGCAAGGUCUCUUGAGCCCCGCGGGGACGGAGGCCCACUUUGAGCUGCGCGACGUCUCGGCGGUCGACUCGGCCAACUACAGCUGCGUCUACACAGACACGGCGCCGCCCUUCGCGGGCUCCGCGCCCAGCGCGCCCGUGGAGCUGCGCGUGGACGGACCCCUGCCCAAGCCGCGGCUCCGGGCCCUGUGGACGGGGGCCGUGACUCCGGGCCGCGAUGCUGUCCUACGCUGCGAGGGCCACGUGCCCGACGUCUCCUUCCUGCUGCUACGGUCCGGCAAAGAGGAGCCCUCGGCGGUGGCCUGGACCACCGACCCCUCCGCGGACCUCGUGCUGACCUACGUGGGGCCCCAACACGCCGGCAACUACAGCUGCGGCUACCGCUCCAACUGGGCCCACUCCCUGCUGUCCCAGCUCAGCGACCCGGUGGAGCUCCAGGUGGCAGGUGGAGCUCGGUUCCGUGGGCGCAUCGAGGCUCCCGGCCUUUGCCCGGAUUCUACCCUCCUACAGGGGUGCCCUUUCCCGCACCUCCUCCCAGCACUAACACUGGCCUAGUCUGCUGGGUGCGUGGGGGGGGAAUUGCAGGCAGGGAACCACAUAGGCAAAGGCCCUAAAGCAGAGAGUGGCCUGGCCAGCUGGAGCACCUGUAGGGAGGCCCAGGUGUGUGUGUGUGGUGGGGGGGUCUUAGCUGGCAGCUGACCAAGCCACUUCCUUCCUGGGGGGGUCUCAGUGAGGUCUGCUCUGACUCACCAGGGAGCCUCCUUUCCCUAGCAUUUCUCUUCUGUCAAAUUUGUCUAGGAAGCUGAUUCGGCUGCAGACCCAGGCUGCUGAUGGUAUCCUUGGGAAGUCCUUUCUCCAGUCUGGCUCUGAUCCCUCUUCCUGCAGCUGGAAGCUGGACUUCCCCUGGGGGGAGAGGGCAGGGAUGGCUCUUCCUCAACCAUGCCAGGAAACAAUAAACGUGAAGACAGACUUUAAAAAUGUGUCUUUGGCCAAUGGCAGCCCUGAUGCAGGGGGGCUGGAGUCCCAGAGCCGAGGGAAGUGGGCUGUGAUCCUGGGUCUUGAAGGUGGAUGGGCUCCGCGUUGGAUCCUGAGGGUAGGGGUGCCGAGGGUAGGGGUGCUUCUGCGCCCCCACUUUCAAGACUGCCUUCUUCUGCCUUCUUCCGUUAAGCUACUCCCCAGUCACCUCUGCCCAGUCGCCAGCAGGUGUGGGUGGGCAGCUUGAGGCUCCAAACAGAACUUGACUGAACUGGGAGGCAGUUCAGAGGCUGCAUUGUGUAGUUCUGUCUUCCCAGUCUGAGUGGCCACCAUGUGGUGGUGCCAGACUGUGUCUCCAACCAGAGGCCAGGUCUCCCACAUCAGAACUUGGAGCUGUGGGAGGAGUGGGAGUCCUGUCCUUCCCCACUGUCCCUCGAUUCUGAGCCCCCUUUGCCCCACCCGACGCCCUCCUGGACUAUUGCCCAGCUCCUGCCUGGAGCUUGGCCCUCGAGAUGCUGGCAUACAGCAGUUGUGUAUUAGGCUGGCAUUAUCAACUAAUACUUGAUAAACUGGGUUUUUGCCUAUUUCUUCUGAGAGGUCUGAUUUACUGGCACGGAGUUGCUCGUAACACUCCUGCAUUCUUUUAGUGCCUGCAGGGUCUGUAGUGCUGUCACCUCUUUCAUGACUGAUGUGGUGUCCCUUCUCCCUCUCUCUCUGUCAGUUUAGCUAGGGGCUCAUCAACUGCAUUAAUCUUUUCAAAGAACUUACUACAUUUUGGCUUUGCUCAUUUUUGUAUUGUCUCUUUUCUACUUUGUGAAUCUCUUCUUGUAUCAUUACUAGUCCCUUCCUUCUACUUACUUCUGAAUUAAUUUCUUCUUUUUCCUUUUCUUCAGGUGGAAACUUAGGUCAUUGACUUUUGGGGUUAAACAUUAGUAACAGCCUAAUGUUAGGCUUAAAAAUAGGUUUGUGUUACUUUAAAUCAUGGGAAAUUACUUCUUUGUGGAUAAAAAAAAGAUCAACUAUUGGCAGUUCAUCCAUUACAUCCAGCUGGUUGAUAU